AUGGCCAGUCUCGAACCACCCCUACCGGCCGCGGUGGUCGGCGACCUCUCUUCCCAUGGAGCCGGACCAGCGAGUAUCGACAGUCACAAGGGAAAUUCAGCGCGUUGGAGACGCACUCUGGGCCUCUUGCUGCUCGCAUUAGUCGUCGUGUUCUGGACUGGCUCCAGUUUCCUCGCCAGCGCAAUAUUGGCAGACCACUCAUUCAGCAAUCCCUUCUUCGUCACCUACAUCAAUACUCUAUUCUUCAUUCUUCCACUGGCCCCUGCUGUUUUGCACAAGGCGUAUCGGCGACCGGAUGAAUUUCACGAAUGGAUGAACGAGUGCAGAGAUGCUGCAUCCAAGCUUUCCAGUCGACUGGGUUUCCGGACAGGAACUCAUUCCCACUCCAGAGCACUUGAUCCAACAGGAGGAUCGACCGAGUCGCUCCUCCGUCCGGCAAGAACGCCAUCUCAGAGCCCAAGCAUCAAAAGGCGCCACUCUGAGUCCACCCAUUCCGCCAACCGCCUGACCUUAUCCGAGACUGCACGCCUCAGUCUCGAAUUCUGCCUCCUCUGGUUCGGCGCAGGCUACAUCCUCCUAGCCUGCCUGCAACACACCACCGUCGCAUCCUCCACCAUCCUCACCUCCACCGCCAGCAUCUUCACCCUCAUCUUCGGCGCCAUGAUUGGAGUGGAGAAGCUGACUCUCCGCAAAUCCUUGAGCGUCAUUCUAUCCCUAGCUGGAGUCGCGCUCAUCUCUUCCGUGGACUUUUCCGGCAAAAGCUCCGACGACGACCACCGUGGCUCCUUUCCCGAAAAGACCACAGGCGAGCUGGCGUGGGGAAAUACGCUCGCGCUGAUCAGCGCCGCCAUCUACGCCCUCUACAUUACACGCCUUAAAAAGCGCGUUCCAGACGACAGCCUCGUCAGCAUGCCUGUAUUCUUCGGGCUUGUCGGUCUAUUCAACGCCGUCAUGCUCUUCCCCUUCUUCUUCAUCCUGCAUUGGACGGGAGUGGAGAGAUUCGAAUUUCCACCCGCUGGGCGCGUGACUUGGAUCCUCCUGCUGAACGGAGCGGGCAGCAUGAUCAGCGAUGUGGCGUGGGCGUAUGCUGUGUUGCUCACCAGUCCUGUUCUGGUGACGGUGGGGUUGAGCAUGACGAUCCCGCUGACUUUGGUGGGACAAAUGGUGUUGAAUGAGCAGACUUCCACUGCGGUGUAUUGGAUUGGGGCUAUGGUGGUGGUGUCGUCGUUUAUUCUUGUCAGCCACGAGGAGAACAAGGAGGAAACGGUCCGGCAAUUGGAGGAGCGAGACGUUGAGAGAUGA